AUGAAUGAUUAUAUAAGCUAUUUCAUUCGAGACGUAAUUACUGAAUCAGAAGUGCCUUUGGGUCCUAAACAAGAAACCUUUGGUGCAACCGGUUCGGGUAUGUGGGCUAUCUCAACGGACUCUGAGAAUAAUUCCCGCGGACGAGCAGACCAAAAGUGGCCCAUCGGAAGCAUUGCGACUCUUCGUUUUGUGGCGAUGCACCGCGCAGCUGCCGCGUUGCAGGAGAGUUUGAAGCCACCCUUUCCAUCUGACUCUCACCGCUUUACACUUGAUAAAUCUACAUCGCCCAUCAGUCUGUCUCAAUCGAUUCCAUAG